AAUAAGUUUUGGGUCGUGUUCACAGAUUUAAAUACAAGGUUUAUUCUGAAAGUAAUAACAUUUAAUAGCGCUCUUGCAUAGAGAAUGAGAGUAGUUGAUCACCGGGUAUAGGACUAUUUAUCUAAAAUUACCCUUAAUAACUACAGUCAACAUUACUGUGUACCGAGCUUUGUUAUUGAUGCCAAGCUCAUUUUGACAACUUGAAAUCGAAUUUCGAUCACGAACAUUGAACAACCAUCAACAAAAUUUUUGAAGUUGUGUAUCAUAUCCUGAAAUCUGGAUAUUCACCAAUAUAACGAUUAUAAGAUGUUGAACGUUGGUGGACCCGAGGGUCUCGACCAGGAAAUGGGUGGCAAGUCAGCAUUCAUGGAUCUACAACAACAGCCUGGUAUGCCCCACGGAAUGACUCACCCGGCAUACCCUAACCGUUCUCUGUACCAAGGACAUCCACAUUCGGGACAACAUGGAGACAGUAUAUUCUCUAAUCCUCAACAUGCACGGUCACUUGGGUAUCCAUUUCAUAUGAACUCUAUGUCACCCUCCGGGUAUCAGCCACCUGCAGGACAUCCGUUUCCAAUGCCACAUUACCAUCAAAGUCCUUCACCUCCGAGAGAUGACAAGUCUCAGAUAGAGGAACUCCGUAUAAAUGGUAAGGGUAAGAAGAUGAGGAAACCCCGGACGAUAUACUCCAGUCUUCAGCUACAACAGUUAAACCGCCGAUUCCAGAGAACGCAGUAUCUUGCAUUACCCGAGAGAGCAGAACUAGCAGCAUCCCUAGGCCUAACACAAACUCAGGUUAAAAUCUGGUUCCAAAACAGACGUUCAAAAUACAAGAAGAUAAUGAAGCAAACUGGACCAGUAACUAAUCAAGUUGGGAACAAUGUACAAACACCAGUGACGUCACCAAACCAUCCUACUCGACAACCUUCACCAGACGCUCAGCAUCCUUCCGAUACGCCUGCACCUCACGUACAGCCAAACUCACAACAAAACGGACAAUCGCAUAACAAUAACCAACAUCCUAUGAUGUCAUCACCUUCAUCAUCUGUCAGUCCGCAGCCAACAUGGGAAAUGAAUUCAGGUGCACACCAGGCGUCUGCACCAAAUUCAUAUAUGCCAAUGUCUACAAUGUCGAUGUCCUCAAUGCCAAGCAUGGGACCAGGAAUGGCAGCUAUGUCUCAUUAUCAUUCGUGGUACGCACAGCCACCAAUGAAUCAACAGUCAUGUUUAACAUAAAAUGUCUCUUCAAACUGUUAUUAAUUUAUUAAUGUUAUGUAACGACGAAUGAGCUAGCCGAAAUUGGAACGUUGUCGUCGACGACCGGUGCCUGUGAUACACAUUAAAUGUGGACAUUUAUCACUUGCUUAGUCUCGACAGUGUUCAGAAGAUAAACAGCGCGAGCUGGCCCGAGUCAACGGACGGCUAGUUGAAAUGUGAAUGUGCCAGUAGAAGUUACUUUAGUAUAAAAGGCAUUGAAAUUUCCUUGCCAUGAAUUGUAUAAAUGUGCAGUUGUAUUUAUAUAUUGGAUAACAUUACCUCGCUAACAAUUUAAUUCAAUUUCUGAGGUGGAAAUUGAAGUCGCUCAAUAAUUUCUUUUUGUGUAUAUGUUGUUUUGACAUAAACUAACCAUAAACACAUACACUAUCAUGGUCGCUUUCUUACAAAAACAAUAUUCCAUAAAGUGCAAUUCUUAUUUUAAAGAAUUCGUAAGAAUUCCCGACGUUUGAAGCUCUUUUUAUUUUUAAAUAAAACAAAUGUAAAACAUGAAUCCAAUGCUGAUUUUAACGUUUUAAUUCAUUUCAUAUAGCGAUCCAUGAUUUUUGUAAAUGUAUUUUUGUUUAUUUUGCAUUUAUUGUUGAUAUUUAAUAUUCUCUAUGAAGAUAGUUAUUAAUUUUUAUGUUUUAAAGAUAUGAUUACCUUUACAUUAUUAAGCCUUAUGUUUUCUUAUUGUCAAUGAAAUCCAAAUUUUAUGUUUAAUGCUUUCUUUUUAUUAUAAAAGAAAUUGCAUUAUGAAAUGCAUUUAAUAUUUAAAAAAACUGUAAAGAUGUUAAUAAAUUGAGCAAAUACCA